AUGAACAUUGUGGGAAAGCUCAGUUUGAUGAUACCAUGGAGUAUAUUUUUGCUUCAUUCACUGCUGUCCUCUUUGCAAGGAUCUUAUUGCAAGCUUUCUCUUUUGAGAAGAACUUCAAGGUGUAGAAAAGAGGUAGUUGGUGUGAAAUGUUGCACUGAGGUGAAUCAGGACUCUGAGGGAAAUGGGCCCUCGGGACUGAUGGUGUCCCAGGAGGGCCUUCAGCAGGAACCUGCUGUCACAGCAAGGCCACUCAACCUUCCCAAUAUAACGCAGAAGAGCAAAGUCACUUUCCCAAGGGCGAUGGCUAGGAUUCAAGCUGCCUUCCCUCAGCCACACCUUCAUGGGGCCUUGACGCGGAGUCCAGCAGGAGUUUCAUGUCAAGAGUGCCUUAAUGGAGCAGCUUGCACAGAGGCAGGUGGCUGUGACUGUCAGUUAUUUCAGGCUCAAGGAAGCAGGUGCCAAAUUGUACCUAACACUGGUAAGGACCGAGGUGGGAUUUGCAAAUCUUGGGGACAGUAUCAUUUUGAAACAUUUGAUGGCAUCUACUACUACUUCCCAGGAAAUUGCUCCUAUAUUUUUGCAAAAGAUUGCAGUACUCCAGAACCCCAGUUCACUGUUUGGGUUCAUAACAGCCCUCACUGUUACGGUUCAGUAUAUACUUGUCAGAGGUCCAUCAGCUUAUUUUUUUCAAAUCAAGAAGAAAUAAUUAUUUCAAGACAUGAAGUGAGAAAAGAUGGAAUCAGAUUAACAUUGCCUCAAACAAUUGGAAAUGCUUUCCUUGAGAGACUGGCUGACUAUAUUCUGGUGAAGACUACCUUUGGUUUUUCACUUGCUUGGGAUGGAUACUCUGGUAUUUAUAUCAAGCUGACAGAAGAUCAUAAGGGAAAACCUUGUGGUCUCUGUGGAAAUUUUAAUGGCAACAAAUAUGAUGACCUGAUUAUAGUCUUGGGUGAAUAUACAGAAGACAUUGCUGAAUUUGCAAAUAGUUGGUCUGUGCAAACCUCAGAUGAUGUAGCUUGUGUUCCUACUGUCUCAGAUUUUUCCAGUCCUUGCUUAGCUGAUGCAGAAUCCACUGAGGACAUAUUCUUCAAGUGUCAAAUAUUGCUACAGUUUCCUUUUCUCAGCUGUCAUGAAAGCAUAGAUCCGUAUUCUUAUAUUUCUAGCUGUAUGAAUGAUCUUUGCAGAAUGGAUGACGAUGACACAUACUGCAGGGCGGUGACAGAGUACGCUAGAGCAUGUUCGCAUGCUGGGGCCCCGGUGCGGGAUUGGAGGGAUGACUUUCCUGCCUGUACUGAGAAAUGUGAAGACAGCUUUGUACACCGUGACUGUAUCAGUUGUUGUCCACCAACUUGCACAUUUGAAAAAGAUUGCCUUGGCAGCAACCUGCACUGCUUAGAUGGCUGUUAUUGUCCCGAUGGUCUCAUUAUGGAAAAUGGAACUUGUAUCUCCGUGUCAAAUUGUCCUUGUAUUUAUCAUGGAACUGCCUUCCCUGUAGGCUCGAAGAUUGAACAAGAAUGUAGCAACUGUGUUUGUAUUGGUGGAAGUUGGAAUUGCACUGAUCAUGAUUGCCCAGCGGAGUGCUCCGUCACAGGUAGCUCUCAUUUCACAACAUUUGAUGGACGUCAUUUUACCUUUCUUGGGAUAUGCCAGUACAUUUUGGUAAAAGGCUCUGGGAAAAACAAAUUCACAGUCACAUUACAGAAAGCACCUUGUGGACAGAACUUUGACCAUGCCUGCAUUGAGUCUAUAACACUAGUUCCUGAAGAUGAUGUGAGCAAACAAGUAACUCUCACAAGAUAUGGUCAAGUCCAAACUGGCCCUAAACAAGUUUCUAACCUUAAUGGGGCUAUUGAAAUUCAGAAUAUAUCUUCCUUCUUUGUUCAGCUGAAAACUAGCUUUGGUUUGAAGAUACUGUUUGCGAAAGAUGGUGAGAGGAUCUAUAUUCAAGUUGAUGUUCGCUGGAAGAGAAGAACAUUAGGGCUAUGUGGAACAUACAAUGGGAAUUUAAGAGAUGAUUUUCUUUCGCCAGCAGGGAUGAUAGAAGGGACCCCACAACUUCAUGCCAAUGCUUGGAAGGUUUCCUCAGCUUGUUCUGUGCCUAUCAAUAUUCCUGUGGUUGAUCCCUGCAACAUUAAUCAGCAAAAUGCUGGAUACGCAUCUUACUGUGAUAUAAUCAAUGAAGACAUUUUUGCUCCCUGCCAUGCCUACAUCAGCCCAGGAUUAUACUACCAGCUAUGCCGCUUUGAUGCAUGCAAGUGCGGAAGCAGCUGCUUGUGCAACGCUUUGGCACACUACGCUUACGUCUGUGGCAAACACGGGGUCACCAUUGACUUCAGAUCUCAUAUUUCUUACUGUGCUGUGGUUUGUCACAGUGGUAUGCUUUAUCAUCAGUGCUCUUCUUUUUGUAAACACUCCUGUGCUUCACUUUCUAUGGCAAAUAUCUGUGGUGAUGACUGUGCAGAAGGAUGUAAUUGUCCCGAUGGGAAAUAUUUUGAAGAGUCUAUCAACUUUUGUGUAUCAAUAUCUGCUUGUCAUUGUCGUUACAAGGGCAAAGCCCUCCAGCCUGGAGAAAUCCUCGCUACACCAACAGGCUCCUGUCAGUGCUUGAAUGGAACUGUCAAAUGUAUUGAAGCCACUACAGAAAAUACAGUUCACACAUGCCCUGAAGGAAAAAUCUACUAUGACUGCAGAUCUCCUGUGCCUGGAUUGCCAGCAGCUGGUGUGAAUUGUGGGAUCUCUUGUGCGAACCUUGCCAUGAACUUCUCCUGUGUCCCCUCACCACCCUGUGCAAGUGGCUGCAUUUGCCCCCCUGGGAUGGCUGAGCAUAAAGGGAAAUGUUAUAUUCCUGACAGCUGUCCAUGCACCUGGAAAGACAGGGAGUUUUUGUCAGGAGAAGUGAUAGCUACACCAUGUUACACCUGUGUUUGUCGGAAAGGGAUAUUCAAUUGCACUAGUUACCCCUGUCCUGCUGUAUGCACUAUUUAUGGAGAUCGACAUUAUUAUACCUUUGAUGGUUUGGAGUACGACUAUGUCAGUGACUGCCAAGCUUACCUGCUAAAGAGCACAGAUAACUCAAAUAUAUCCAUAAUUGCUCAGAACAAGAAGUGCUUUGACAAUGAUAUUGUUUGCUCGAAGAAUGUCUUCAUUACUGUUGGAAACACUGAGAUUUAUUUUAGUGAACCUUCUGAGAAACAGACCUUAAGGGGACAGGAAAACAAAUCUAACUAUCAGGUUUGGAAGGCUGGAUAUUAUACUGUGAUACACUUUCCAGAACAGGACAUUACAAUUCUUUGGGAUAAGAAGACAAUGAUGCAUGUUAAAGUGGGACCUCGAUGGAAGGGUAAACUGGCAGGUUUGUGUGGGAAUUUUGACAGAUAUACUUCAAAUGAUCUGACUACAUCAAACAACAUGGAGGUGAGAAAUGCACAGGUCUUUGGAGACAGCUGGGUAUUAGGACAGUGCAAGAGCCCAAAUGAAACGCUAAGACCAUGUGAGGUACAUCAGAGCAAGUUCCCUUAUGCCAAAAAGGAAUGCUCAAUUUUAUACAGUGAUGUUUUUGCACCUUGUCGCAAUGUGAUUGAUGUGACUUCUUUUGUCAAAAACUGUCACACAGAUACGUGCAACUGCAAUCUCGGUGGAGACUGUGAGUGCUUGUGUACCAGUAUUGCAGCUUAUGCCCACAAAUGCUGCCAGCAAGGAGCAGCAAUUCACUGGCGAUCUCCUUCGCUCUGUGCUUAUGACUGUGAAUAUUACAAUCAAGGUCUUGGUGAAGGACCCUAUAUUUUGGCAAGCUAUGGAGAGAAUGACACAAUUAUAGGAGCUAACAUUUCCAGUAGAAGGAUAUUUCCCCUGCCUAGAAGCGGAGCAUAUGGAAAUAUAUAUUUUAGUUUCAUGAUAACUCCCGGUCUUUUCAAAGAUAAAGAUUUAUCUCCCUCUCUUGUUUCCCUCGAGUCUGCUGAAAGACCAAACUACUUUCUCUACAUACAUGACAACGAAACCAUUGGGUUGGAACAGUGGCAGGCAAAUCCCUCCUUUCAGAGACGAGCCACCUUCUUCCACCACCAGGGCCUCUGGACACCAGGGCUCAGCGCCUUCGAACUGCACAGUAAAAAAGGCUUUUUCAUCACUCUCACCUCAUCCGGUGUAAAAGUCGCAAAGUAUGAUGAUUCAGAAGGAUUCAAGCGUUUGAGUAGCUUUACUAUUGAAGAACUCAGUGCAUCUGUGCCUUAUAGAAGGAUGUGUGAGUGGCGAUAUGAAUCUUGUGCUAAUCCUUGUGUUAAAACAUGUAGUGAUCCUGAAGGAACAGCAUGUAAAUUCCUUCCUCCGGUCGAAGGAUGCUUGCCAUACUGUCCCAAAAAUUUGAUCCUUGAUGAGGUCACACUUAAAUGUGUUUAUCCAGAAGACUAUACACAAAGAAUCUCAAAAAAUCCAGUUAUAGACUUUGCAACUCCUUAUGUAGGUUUAUCUACAUCCAUUUUAAAAGUAAGCCCUUCUACCACCUUCUCAGCGUUGCUGAAAACAUCCAUUGUAAUGCCCUCUUUACUAGUGGCCACAGUUCCUGAAACCACCUUAAAAAAUCGGUCCAGUAGGUUCUCUCUGUCUUCACCACCUCCUACUCAUAUCUCUACUGUUUCUCUAGGAAAGCAGAGUUCUUUGGUAAGUUCUUCAGGAGAAGAUGGAACAGUAUCAGCCAUAUCAGCUGGAUUUGUCACUCAGUCCACUACACCAAUGAUCACGAACACAGCAGUGAAUGCUACAUCCUUAAAGGCACCUUAUAUUUUUGCAAAAAUAACACCCAGCUCUUCAGGCAGUUUAUUAGUUGCUUCUGACACUACUGUAGCCUCUAGGAUUACUACAAAAACCACAGAUUCUUUUGUUACCAAUUUGGACUUUUAUAUGGCUUCAGCUUCAGUUCCUACCACCAUAGAAACACCUAUGCAUAUGCCCCACAAAUCUUUAUUUACUUCUGCAGUGAGUCAAGCUUCACAGAGCACUAAAGAAACUCCAAAAACAAAACCAACUGGUACUACAAGUCCAUUAUCACAGACGAAGAAUACCUCAUUUACAGCUUCAGAAGUUAAACACACAACCUCAUUUGACAGAACUGAGGAUAUUUUAGAAAGCGGUCAGACUCCACAUGAGCAAAGAAAUGUUACCAAGACAAAGUCAACCACAACUGAGAAGUUUUCCCUGCCUUAUUUGACAAUGUCUGCAGUUCAGAGUUCACUUUUUUCAAGAAAUACAGCCUCAGUAAAAAAUCUCUCUGUUUCUGGAGUCCCAUACGUAACAACAGCAGAUUGGUACAAAAUCCCUACUCAGAAAACUUUUAAACCUUAUUUCAGUUUAACGGAGCCCACAGAAAUGCAGACCAGGACUAUAGGAGAUUUAUCUCAUUCUAGUGGUGAAAUGGCUCUGUCGUCAGAGCCUGUGGAAACACAAGUUUCUCUGGCAAGCACAGAAACAAUGACAGCUAUAGCUGACAACGCUUCUUUUGAUGCAAUGAUGCAUGCGUUGAUGUCAACAUCUUCGAAAUGUGUGCCAAGAUACCUUGAACCUGUUGACAAGUGUAGCCAGUAUGUCUGUGUUAACACAAGUUGGAUGUUAUACAACCUUUCAAGGAACUGCCCUAAGGAUGUGCAGAAGCCAGACUGUGGUUUUCGAGGAAUGCCAUUUCAAGUUAACACUGAUAGCUGUUGCCCAGAAUGGGAAUGUCCCUGUCAAUGUUCUGUACUGUCUGAACUGAGCAUUAUUACAUUUGAUGGAAACAACAUAGCCCUAUGUAAUAUGGCUUCCUACAUCUUAGUCAAGUUGCCAGGAGAAAUUAUUGUUGCUCAUAUUGAAAAAUGUCCUGCUAAUCAGAGUGCAAAUUCAAUAAGAAAACUGGUUCCCCCUGCAAGCACUUCAGGGCUUUGCUUUAAGAAAUUAAAUGUAACAACACGCACAUCUAAAUUACUUAUCAAUCGUUUGGCGAGAAAAGUAGUAGUGGAUUCUGUAACUCAAUCAUUACCAUUUUCAAAAGAAGGACUGAGUAUUCAGGAUACUGGUGCAAUGUAUGUCAUUAGUACCCCAGCUGGUAUUAGCAUCAAGUGGGCUCACAUCACAGGCAUCAUAGAUAUACAGUAUGGAUUACACUCUAACACAUCAAUGAAGACAGAAGGACUUUGUGGGGUGUGUAAUGGAGACCCUACUGAUGACCUGAAAAUGCAAAACAGGACCAUAAUUAAAAAGAUGGAGGAAAUUGAAGUGUUCAUUAAGAGUUGGGAAAUUGAAAAAUCACUUGAUGUAACAACCAGGAGGCCAGUGAGAAACUGUACUGAAGAUAACUGCACAUACUGUAUGGAACUGUUAAACAGAAGCAAUUUCAUCCCUUGUCACAAGAAAGUAUCACCACAGGAGUUUUGUGAGAAGAUGUGGCUCAAUAGUACUUAUUUUUGGAAUUAUGAGUGUGAUGCACUUUCUGCAUAUGUGACUUUAUGUAACAAGCACAACGUCUGCAUUAAAUGGAGGACACCUGAUUACUGUUCAUUGAAUUGUCCUGAGGGCAAGGAAUACCAGCCUUGCGUGCAGCCCUGUGAAGCCAAGACAUGCUUGAAUAAAUGGUUCUAUGAAGAUUUUCCCUGUUCUUGUUUAAGGGAAGACUGUGUAUGUAAAAAUGGCACUAUUCUGCAUAGAACAGACUCUGACCUCUGUAUACCGGAAGAAAAAUGUACAUGUACGGAUAACAAAGGACAGCCCCGCUCUGCUGGGGAGGUCUGGAAUGGGUCUAUACGAGGCUGUUGCAUGUACAACUGUUUGAAGAAUGGAAGCAUUGUUGCUGUAGAACCUGAAUGUAACGAGGAUCCACCACCAGUCUGUGAAAGAGAAGGGGAAGUUACCAUCCACGUCAUCGAAGAGGGAGCUUGCUGUCCAAAGAAAGUUUGUGAAUGUAACAUGUCAUUGUGUGACACCAUUAUUCCAACAUGCAACCCCAAUGAAAAAUUAGUGGUAGGCUACCAAACCCUGUCCUGCUGUCCACAGUACCGUUGUGAAUGUGAUCCUUCAGUUUGUUCCAAUACUUCCCAGCCAGACUGCAGAGAAGAUCAAUUUAUUGUUGAAGCAAAACAAGAAGAUCCCUGCUGUUUCUCUUAUCUCUGUGUUUGUGAAUCCUGUAUUGAGCCAGUUCCUUUGUGUAAUGAAGGAGAAAUUCUCACUGUAGACCUUAAUACCUUACAAUACUGUUGUCCUCAUUACUACUGCGUUUGCGAUGAAAAUCUUUGUUCUGAGCCUCCUAUGAAUUGUACAGAUGACAUGACUCUUGUGAAGCAAAAAAUACCUGAACAGUGUUGUCCAGAAUGGCACUGUGAAUGUAGCUGUGAAAAUGCUACUUUGCUGACCUGUAAAUUGGGAGAAGUUAAAAAAAUAGAUAGUAGUGUUUCCAGUGCUUGUGGAUGCUCUCACUACAUUUGUGAGAAGGAUGAUGUAUGCAUCUUCCAAGAGGUCACAGUACUGAAUCCUGGACAGUCAGUUAUUCAGUACUUGGAUGAAGACCUGUGUUACACUGUACAGUGUUUACAAGACAAAGAUCAUAACACAGGAUACAAUGCCAUGAAUUUCACAAUGGUGAACUGUUCCCAGCAGUGCGAAGCUCAUCAAAUGUAUAUUCCUUCCUCCAGUCACCAUACUUGUUGUGGUACCUGUCAAAACGUGUCCUGCUCUUUUCAUACUGAGAAUGGAACUCUAAUUGUGUAUGAGGAAGGAAGCACCUGGAGCUCCAACUGCACCAACUACAAGUGUGCAAAGACUGUUGCAGGGGCUAUCAUAAUGGGAUCAAGUGUUGUCUGCCCCCCUUUUAAUGACACUGAGUGUACAAAGAAUGGAGGCAUUGUGCAGACCUAUAAUGAUGGCUGCUGCAAGACCUGCAAAAAGGAAGAAAGGAUAUGCCAGAAAAUGACCAUCAGGACAACCAUAAGAAAAAAUGACUGUAUAAGUCAAAGCCCGAUAAACGUGGCUUCUUGUGAUGGAAAAUGCCCAUCUGCAACCAUUUUCAAUGUCAAUAUCGAUAGCCAUUUAAGAUUCUGUAAAUGUUGUCGAGAAACUGGAACAAGAAAUCUCACUGUGCCACUACGCUGCUCAGGAAAUGGCACUGAAAUCAUGUAUGUCAUUCAAGAGCCUAUAGACUGCUCGUGCCAGUGGAACUGA